GGUAAGCCUUUUUCUUAACCCCUGGAUCUUGGUAGCUGGGCGCUCUCUAAGCAGGAAGUGAAACCUGUCUGGGGACAAAACACAGCAGAAAUGGGGUAAGGGCAGAGCAGGGAGCUCAGCUGCUCGCUGUUGUGGAUACGCUGCUUUAUUUACUCAGUUGUGAGCCUCAAGCAAGUCGGGCAUUUGUCCCAUCUGCCUCAUUUCACCAACCCUCAUAAAAACAGCCCUGUAAGCACCCUCAAGAGAUGGACAGACAGACAAACCCACACCAGCAUUUUCUCUAGGCAGCAUGGACAUCAAGGAGUAUUUUACCAGAAUUUCUUACCAGGGCUCCCCCAAUAAGCCAGACCUGGCUACCUUGUCAGAUAUAUUCCAGCACCACAUCCAAGCUGUCCCUUUUGAAAACCUCAGCAUCCACUGUGGAGAAAGAAUUGAGCUGGACCUGGAAGCGACCUACAAGAAGAUAGUGAGGAACAAACGUGGGGGCUGGUGCAUGGAAAACAACUACCUUCUGUCUUGGGUCUUCAAAACUCUUGGCUACAGCGUCACACUUCUAGGAGCAAAAGUUUAUGUCCCAGAGCUUGAUGCCUAUGCAGAUGAAAUGGAUCAUCUGCUGCUACAAGUGGAGCUUGAUGGCAAAUCCUACAUUGUGGAUGGGGGAUUUGGGAUGGCCUACCAGAUGUGGCAGCCAAUGGAACUGAUUUCAGGGACAGAUCAGCCUCAGACUCCUGGGAUCUUUCGUUUUCAGGAGGAAAAUGGGACCUGGUACCUUGAGAAAGUGAAAAGGAAGCAGUGGGUCCUGAACCCAAGCACCUCGACUUCCCCAAAUGUGGAAAAUGAAGUUUGCCGUCGGGUUUAUCUCUUCACCCUUCAGCCACGAGACAUUGAGGAGUUCAUGGGCUGCAAUGUCCACCUGCAAACAGCACCUGACUCACUCUUUGUAACCAAGUCCAUCUGCAGCCUGCAGACCAGCGAUGGCAUCCGGGCGCUGGUGGGGUGGAAACUCACUGAGAUAAAGUACAAUUAUCGGGACAAUAUGGAUCUUGUGGAAAUCAGAAUCCUUGCAGAUGAAGAAAUAGAGAAAACACUGAAGGAGAAAUUCAAUAUAACACUGAACAAGAAAUUUGUACCUGCUAAUACGAGCAAGUUUUCUCUGUUCUAACUCACUGCCUGAAUUACAAUUCAAUUCAGUGGCAUUACAGACAAUUCUUCCCUCUCUUUUUGACAGGCAUCCAAAGGUUAAUCUUUCUCCUUCCAACUACACCAUUGUAAGGCCGAACAUACUAUCCUGAAUCUGGAAAAAUGUUUUCAUCACUUAAAAGCAUUUUUACCACACUAAGUGUAGCUGGGCAGAAUGAUGGAGUUGUAUGUCUUUGUCUUUAUUUCCUGAUGCUGCUCCUUGGGAAAAUCACACCUGCCUCUUAAAUGAAUACUAUAUUAUUUUGGGAGUGUAAUAGCCAAAAAACCAAAGCCAUCCUGUGCUGAGUUUCUCCAGUAUAGCCAUAAGGCUGUUUCUUUUUGCUCUCACAUCCACAACACCCUCUCUCUCCCAUGGCACUCAGGCCAUCCCACACCUGUGCAAACUCCCCAUGUGAGGACAGAUUCCUUAUGACUUAGAACUGAGGAUAAGAAAUGUCAGUGACUGUUCUGUGUUGUUUGAGACUUUGCACAGCUCCUGUUCUCUCAGUGCCAUAACCAGGAGCAGCAUUUCUGAAACUGAAAGCAUCUCCUGAGCAUUUUGUUUGCUCACACUCAGCAGCAGAGUGCUGGGAACACACGUUCCUCUCCUCAGACUCUGGGUGCUAUUGCACGUUCAUUAUUACAGCUGAACCCAAACACAUGCACAGAUUCUUUUUGUGAAACGUAUCUGUUCUAAUGAGGAAGUGUUUGCAGUGAUACUAAUUAAAUUAUUAUUAGGAGAAGCAAUGAAUCUCAAUCACAGACCUAACAACUAAGAUUUCUAGUAGGAGAAACUACUUAAAUGUGACCCCUUUGCCCUUUGAGAAGAUGCUUGGUGUUCCUUUAGGUACAAAUCUUGGAGGCGUUACAACUAUGCACUUAAAAUUAAGCAAAUUAUAGUAGUGAAUUACAAUUAAAUAAAAAAAUCAAGCACUGUGAACUAGAAAUUUUCUGACUUCUUUCCCCCUUAAAUUACAGCAUGUAUUCCCAUGGAAAAAAUAAAUGUCGUUAAUCACUGAAA